UGGUGUAAGUUUAUUUUUGUAAUGGCAAAUAAUAUACUAAUAAAACCUAAAAAUCUCUAACAAAAUCUCUUUCCCUCUUGGCACAGUGUUUUCUAAAACACAAAUUUAUAAGUGUAAAAUAAAGCAAAUUAUUAAAAAAAAAAAAAUUAAUAGAUAAUAAAUCUUAUUUACAGAGAACAAAAUACUGGCAAGAACUUUAAUAUUUUUUUAUUCUGCUAAAAAAAUUUUUUAAGAUUAUAUUUACAUGGGAGAUCCUAAGACUUAUUUACUAGACAGAACACAAAUAUUUACAAUAUUUUUUUGAGCUUUGCUAAUUGUUAAAAAAAAUUUGUAUUUACAUUGGCACAUUUAGGAUUGUUCUUAUUGCACGAUGUUGUAGAAACCAUAUGUUUGUUAUUUACCAUAGUUACCGUAUCAGAGGUUUUCUUUGUCAAUAGUGUUAAAAUGAUUCUCGACGACGAUUUUGUACUGAAGAGUGUAAAUUUGGAGGUGAACACGGACGAUUUUAUCGAAAAGUGUCAGUCGAUAAGGAGCAAGUCACAUAUAAAAUUGAACAAGAAAAACAUCAAGGCCAUAGGCGAAGCGAUACUCUGCAGAAACGCAAACGUACUGUUUUUGCAAGACAAUAAGUUGAGCGACAUAUCGAAUCUGAAGCAGUUCUCCCGUCUGACGCAUCUCUACCUUCAGAACAAUGACAUCGUUUUUAUGGACGGCUUUCAGAACCUGGUCUGCCUCGAGAAGCUCUACCUCGGCAGCAACUCGAUAUCGGUCGUUGAGAAUCUCGAAAAUUGUCGAGAGCUCGAGGAAUUGCACAUAGGCACCCAGAGGUUGGAACCGACCGAGAAGAUGAUUUUCGACCCUCGUUCGAUCGAAGCUCUGGCUGAAUGUCUCCUGGUGCUUAACUGCCCCGGGAAUUCCAUAUCCAGCAUGAAAGAACUCGAAAAGCUGACUUCCCUGGAGGAGCUCGACAUCUCUUGUAACAAACUGAACGAGAUCGAUGAAGUUUGUUCUUCUCUUGAAAAAAUGACAUCGCUUCACACUAUAGCCUGUGAGUUUAAUCCUAUCUGUACGCUUAGAAACUACAAGGGCAAGAUGGUCAUGGCGAUGCCCUCCAUUAAAACUUUCAACAAUGUCGACGUAACGAGGGGCAUGUACGCUUUUUACAAAGCGUUGACGAGGGAUAAGGAAAAGAAGAAAGCCAAGGCGACCUCUUCGCAGGAGUACGUGACCAUGGACGACAUCCACGACAUCGUCAAAGAGUUGCCCACAGGGCUCAGGGAAGUGGUGAACAGGACGGAAGACUACACCGCACACAUCGACUUGAUCAACAGGAAUGAAUUCACAAACAAGUAAGCUCAUAUAGACAGAGGAGAGGACUUCAACUCGAGAAACUGAAACGGGACGUGAAGAUUGUGGUUGCAGUGCUCGACCACCAAGUGACCUCUCCGUGGCGAAGCGCCGACAACCGUCACCGUAUCUCCUUUCAAAAGUGACACAUCACCGCUUCCAUCUUCUGUAACAAUAAAUAUUUUAAAAGUA